CGCCGUAAGUCGGCGAGUGGCCGUUGUGACAGUAGGUUUCGAAGCGUGAGUCGCGCGUCUCGUGCAUAUCGUGCUCUCGUGAUGUCCAGGUGGUGGAUGGUGGUGUUGCUGGCGGGCGCGGCAGCGGCGGGUGGUCGCUUGCCCCGCACUUCUCCGCCCGCGCCCCAAACCCCGCCGACGUCUUCGUCGGCGCCGCGAUUGCCCCAGAGGAAUCUCACCCUUGCAUCAAGAUCUUCCGUACGAAACAGAGAGCAGUACAUAUUCAACGUUUUUGAAGUCAUAGUGAGCACGUUAGAGACGAAACUACAAAGAAUAGAGAACUUGGACAAGGCCGUCGAACAUUUAAUGAGGAGAGUGGAAGCGCUCGACUCGAGAGUAAAUGACAACAUACACAAAACUGAUGCUAUCAUAUCAAAACUGGGGAACCUCGACCUAAAACUGUUUAGCCACAUAGGCCAGAAUGACGAGGAAAGCGUUACCGAAAAUAGCGCUAAAAAGCAAAACGAAAACAAAAACAAGAUAAGCGACGCACAGUUGCUUGACCGAAAACUGGAAUCUUUAGAUCAAAAAGUCUCGAAUAUCGACACGAAACUGGUAGGCCUUAAAAAUCAGAUCGACAGUAACUUUUUGCCAGUCGAUGACAUCAAUGCCGAGGCCAGUGAAAAGAAACCUAUCAAUUUGAACGUAAUAGAAAUUGCAAAAGGUUUGAACACCGAGGUUAUCAAUGAAAUCACUAAAGAAGUAGAUCAACUGAGAAGCUCUGUAUCGACAGUCGAUCGAAAGCUUCAGUUCCAUAUCAAUCUCGUCUCUGAGAACUUGGGCAAAGUACUUUACAUGAUGGCUGAUGUACACGCUGCUAUAGUCGAGCCUGAAGAUGCUUCAAUAAAUGUCAACAGUUUAUUCAAGAACCGUACAGCUACAAGUACUCAGGCCCCUAUAACGAAAAGUAGUAAAAUAGAUACACUUGUAAAUAAAAUAAUACCCAUGAUGAGUGUCUCAGAAAAGAUGGAUGAAGUUUGGGACGUAGUAGUCGGUACUAAGAGUUCCGUAGAUGAUUUAGUACCCAAGUCAGAUGAACUACUUACACAGACGCAGCGCCAGGAGCGUGCUAUUGGACAAAUCCACAACGACCUUCGUUUAAAAACAAACCUCAUCAUAGAAAACUUGGACAUGGUAGAAAAACGACUGAAGAAACAGGAGGAUGACGUCGCAACACUGGCACAGCGACCGGUACCUGCUGAGCUUCUGCUGGACCCAACUAUCGACCGUUUGGUAGAGUACGCCCCUAACCGGUACAGGGUUGACGAACCCUACACCGACCCAACUACAAGCACCGUAGCAGCUACCACGAUGCCGCCCUCGUCCACACUAAACAACAGCCCGAGUACGAGCACGAGCACCUCCAGCACUUCGAGCACAUGGAGCUCGACUGCCGGCGCCGGCGCUGGUGCCACGGUGACAGUGACACCGGCCAGCACGGCCAGCACGGGCAGCACCAGCCCGCGGCCCGCCAGCCGCAAGGGCGGGAUCAUCUUCCCCAGCGUCAAGAACAAACCCAUCAUCGGCAAUAAUACUUUCGCUUCGGAAAUCGUCGCCAACUAUAAAGACGUGAAAGGCUACUCGUGCGUGGAUCUGAUGAACGGCGGCAUGCGUGAGUCUGGAGUCUACUACCUGCAGAUUAGAGGAACUACUUACUGGUUCCUGAAGGUCUUCUGCGAGCAGAACGUUGCUGAUGGAGGCUGGACUGUGAUACACCGCCGUGAUGACUACGGGGUUCCUGCAGAGAACUUCAACCGAGAUUGGAACGAUUAUAAAAACGGGUUCGGUGACCCCAGCAAGGAAUUCUGGCUGGGUAACGAAAACAUCUACAUGUUGACCAACAACGAUGACUACAUGCUUAGAGUGGAACUUGAAGAUUUCGACGGGAAUAAGAGGUACGCACAGUAUUCGCACUUCAAGAUUUACUCUGAAGCGGAAUACUAUAAGCUGGAGAUAGAUGGUUACGAGGGCAACGCUGGUGACUCUCUCAACGACCCCUGGUACGGCUCCAACAACAGCCCCUUCUCUACUUACAACAGGGAUAAUGACAGAUCGUCGCUGAAUUGCGCGUCCAUGCUCAAGGGAGGAUGGUGGUGGAAGUCCUGCGGCCGAGGUCUCAACGGCCUUUACUUGCACGACCCACAGGACCUCACUGCCAGACAAGGCAUCGUCUGGUUCCGCUGGCGAGGCUGGGACUACACACUGAAGCGUGCAUCCAUGAUGAUAAAACCCAAAGGCUUGCUGCCCAACACGUGAAGCGCGUCCCAGUGACAACGCAACGCUACAAAACUUAUCCAGCCUCUGUUCACUCAUUACCUGGAUUCGACAUACAAACUAUAACGAUAACUCCUAAAGCUUGGCCCAGGAAUUACGUUUUAGUCGAAAUUGAACUGAAGCAACUAAUCUGUGAUACUGUCCAACGAUUUAAUCGACUCAAAUCCAACGGUCGUAUAAAUAUUUGUAAUUAGUCAGGUCGACAGGAUUGCUUUCCGAAUCCAUGUAAUGACAUCGAACAUAGUAGGCAGCUAAGCUCAAUAUUGUACCUAUCUCUGUAAAUAACUACUCGUAAAUCAUCAUCAUGCCAAUGUCACCGCAUCUUCGCCAUUGUACCAGUAAAUGUACCCCGAUGUAAAUAACAGAUGCUAGCCUAUGUUUGAAGUGCCACAUCACACCCCAAAUUCAUUAAUUUAUUACUCAUGUAAACUUGAUACAUAAAAAUCUUUCGUUAAUUAGGUUUAUAAUGUAGAUGUAAGUAAAUUUUGUAAUAAGGUGUAAAUAAUUACUAUUAUACAGCGGUCUAUAAGAAGCAAACAAAAUGACAACAAUACUUAUGU